CUAACGGUGCAACGCGGGAAACGCCGCUCUUGUUAGUUCAGUUGUUUUGCCCCGGCCGCCAAAAAGGAGCUCGAGUCUUGUCUUCUUUUGACGCCAUUUGGCGAGAAUAAACUCGUUACCCCGGCGAGCUCGCUUGCUCAUUUCUACGUUGCGUGGCCGUUUGAACGCUUUGUGUAACUCUCUCCUCGGGCGGAUGUGCGUAUGUGCGGAACACGCGGGCGAGUUUGAACGAGUAGCUAAUUUAAGCGGUCACAUCCCAAGAUGGAAUCCUUCCAGAAGGUCGAGAAGAUAGGAGAGGGCACUUACGGGGUGGUGUACAAAGCCAAGAACAAGAACACGGGAGAAACUGUGGCGCUCAAGAAGAUCAGGCUGGACACGGAAACUGAAGGCGUUCCAAGCACUGCCAUCCGGGAGAUUUCCCUCCUCAAAGAGCUCAGUCACCCAAAUAUUGUCAAGUUGCACGAUGUCAUCCACACGGAGAACAAGCUGUACCUCGUCUUUGAGUUCCUCAACCAGGAUCUAAAAAAGUUUAUGGAUUCUUCCAUCGUCAGUGGUAUACCACUCGCUCUGAUUAAGAGUUAUCUGUUCCAGCUGCUGCAAGGCUUGGCAUUUUGCCACUCCCACAGGGUUCUCCAUCGCGACCUGAAGCCACAGAACCUCCUCAUCAAUGCUCAGGGUGAGAUCAAGCUGGCUGACUUCGGCCUGGCGAGAGCGUUUGGUGUGCCUGUGCGCACAUACACACAUGAGGUGGUAACACUGUGGUACAGAGCACCCGAGAUCCUGCUGGGCUGCAAGUUUUACUCGACAGCUGUCGACAUCUGGAGUCUGGGAUGCAUCUUUGCUGAAAUGAUCACCAGGAGGGCCCUGUUCCCCGGCGACUCCGAGAUAGACCAGCUAUUCCGCAUCUUCCGCACCCUUGGCACCCCGGACGAGGCCACGUGGCCCGGAGUCACUUCCAUGCCGGACUACAAACCUUCCUUCCCGAAGUGGGCCCGCCAGGAUUUAUCCAAAGUGCUCCCUCUCCUGGAUGAAGACGGAAGAGAUUUGCUACGAGAAAUGCUGCACUACGAUCCAAACAAAAGGUUGUCAGCGAAGAAUGCGCUCGUCCAUCGCUUCUUCCGUGAUGUCACCAUGCCGCUUCCGCAUCUGAGACUCUGAAUUGUGCAAAACGUCUUUAAAAAAAAAACCAACUGGUUCUUGUCAUUACAAUACACAAUCGGUGACCUCACUUCAUGCAGGUUAAGAAAGAAAAGCAAAAAAAACUAUGCUGAUGAAGCUCAUUUGAUACUUUAGGAAAAUGAGAUGUUCUUGUCUGUUCUUUAGACCGAACAUUUGCACCUGCUGUUGUUCAGCUCAUUGUCGCCGUUGUUGUCUGUUUGUUGGCUUUUCAGACAUUGUAGUUUUGUACCAUAAUGCCCUUUUUGUUUUUAAUAUUCUCGUUUUGGCCUUAGGCUACCCAAAUUUUAGAAAUUAGACAUUGUUCGCACAAGUUUUCGGGAUAGUGCAAAUACCAAUUUUCAUUGGUCAUUCCAGUCUCCUGCCCAAGACCUCACCAAAAGUGUAAAGCUCUUAUUUCUCAUAUUUGUGCAUACGCAGGUGAUGUCGGAAUAUUUCCUUUAUUUUCAGAUUUUACAGUCUUUUGUUUGCUGUCAAAUCUUAGGUACACUAUUUUACCCACCCUUUAUGAACCCUGUUUUAUAGCGACCGCUUGUUGACUGUUCGGAAAAAAAUAAAAGUUUAUAAACUA